UCACCUGUAUUUUCUGCUUUAAUUAUUUUAGCAGUGGGACAUGAACAAUUUUAACAGUCAGCCACCAUUAAUAUUGUGAGGUGGUUGUUUAUUUUCAUUUACUCUUUCCCUUACCAAGCUAGUAUAGUAUAAUAAACCCAAAAGAAAAUUAAUCUUUUCACAUUCCUCAUCGGUCAUGCAUCUCAUGAGAAGAUUCUAUUGAGUUUCUUUCUGCCAUGCCCUGGCCAUACCUAAAAGGCUCUCUGGUUGCUUCACCAACAGCCACCUACUUUCUAGUUUCUUCCUUUCCCUUGCCAUUCAAGACAUGAAAAGUAAGUAACAGCUUUAUUGAAAAUGCCCAUGAAUUUACUUAUCCUUCAUUUUAAUUCUUCCCUUGUUUAGUUAUAUCUGAUUUUUGUUGGAUGGCAUCAUGGGAAGUCAAAUUUGACAUAAAUGGCAGUCAAUUUGUGAGUAAAUAGUGUUAAUAGUGCAGCUUUAAUGGCAGAAAGAAAGUUUACAAAUGGGUAAAUGAUAAUAAAGAAGAGCUACUGUUGUUGGGAAUUUAAUUGUUGUAGCUGCACACACAUGAAUACAAUGAUCAUGUCAACACCCAGAGCUCUUUAACCGUACCUUUGGAUAAACAAUUUGAGGUGAAGAAGUCAUGUGAAAAAAUGUGUAUAAGACACCAAGUGCUUUAGACUCAAAGCAACUUCCCCACCAAGACUAGACUGAAAACACUCCAGUCUUCAUCCACAAUCUUUUCUUGACUCAUUCAACCAAAACUAGACAAAACAUGCAUAAAUCCAGCAACAUCAAUGCAGAAGAUCCGGAGAAAUUGGCUGCUCAUACUCCUGUAGAAAUCGGCACCAGAGGCACUGUUGGAUCCCUUAUAAAGAAAGAAAUUGAGUACUUUAGCCGGCUUGAAGUAAGCAACCAGAUGAAGCCUCACUCUCAUGUUGAAGAUAUUGCUUCCUCUAGUAGCCAUCCUAAACCGGCUAUUGUGUCUGCGCUGACUACCCAAAAGAAGAAGAAGAAACGAGCAAACAGCCUACCAAGCAUAUGUUCUAUGGUGGAAGUCUCAGAUGACAGUCGGCCGAGGCUGAUUUCAAGUCUUAGUUACAGGAGCUUGAAGUCUGAUGUGAAGAAGCUGCAGGCUUAG